AUGGCAUCCGACCCAAGGGCUGCCGACGAGGACUCGUUUACGAAACAAGACGACGCCGAAGCGGUGACGUCUACGGGCGAAGGCGCUACUGCGGCGCAGGUCGCGCCGUUGGAGCUCAAGCGUUCCCCGGACAAGAACACCACGACGCCAGAGCCGUCGCACGAACAGCAAGGGGCCGAUUCAGAAUCCCCCAGCACACCCGGCCACCUCCCUCCCUUUGACUGGGAAGACUUUGAGGCGAGGUACGAGGCUGCGCUACGAGAGGCCGACGACAGCGAGAGGGAGAUUCUCAAGGAGGCCGAAUCACUUUCCAAGUACUUUCGUGUCUGGGCUGCUGCUGCUUCGGUCCACGACGACGAACGGGCCAUCAAGCGCCUCCGCACGCGGCAGCGCUUUGUGAACUUGUCUGAAGAAAAAGCGGCGCAGAAACAGCAGCACUACGAAGAGGUUGUGAAAGCGUUCGAGAGUGCCCUGGCGCUUCUUCAAGGCAAGUGA